AUGACGGGCAAGAACGGCUACGGUGUUGCCCCCGGCGCGCAGUGGAUCUCGUGCCGCGGUCUGAGCGGGAAAACGGGCUCGACCUGGGCGCUCCUCGAGUGCCUUCAGUUCAUGAUUUGCCCGACGCUGCCGGAUGGCUCGAACCCCGACUGCUCUAAGGGCGCCCACGUCGUCAACAACUCGUGGGGUAGCAAGGAGUACAACCCGAUCUACGAAGACGCGUUUGCCGCUCUUCACAAGGCGGGUAUCAUUCCGGUCGUCUCCAACGGCAACAACGGCCCGGCCUGCGCGACCACGGGCAACCCCGGUGGGUACCCCAACGUCAUUUCGGUCGGUGCCAUUGGCUCAAGCAACAACGAACCCACGAAGCUCGCGUACUUUUCGUCCAAGGGCCCCGCCACGUACCGCGACAAGAGAGGCGUCCAGCAUACGGUUGUCAAGCCGACGAUCUCGGCCCCUGGCUAUUUCACUCUCUCAGCAACCAACCAGAGUGACCACGCCACCGCCAAUUUCGCCGGUACGUCGAUGGCCGCGCCGCACGUCGCUGGUGUCAUUGCCUUGAUGAAGUCGACCGCCAAGUGGUACACGAACGAUGUCAACAACACGGUGUACGACGGCGCGCUCAACUGCGGUGGCGUCUCGGACACGGCAUGGCCCAACAACCGGUACGGUUACGGCCGCAUCAAUGCCGACAAGAUCUUCAAGGACGGCAAGUUUGUCUCGACGCCCGCGCCAACGACCAAGGCACCAGUGUCCCAGCUCGCCAACAUCAAGUCGUUUUGCACGUACAAGAAGACGGUGCUCUCCGAGUGGAACAACCAGCUCUUCAUCGACACGAUCAAGAACAACAAGAACGAAGGCUUCGUCAUCGACCUCAAGUACAACAUCAUCCAGUCGGCGAGCUCGGAGGAUGGCUGCUUGUCGCUGAUCAAGGAUUCGAGCAACACCAACGCCGUCGCGCUCCGCGAGUGCAAGGGCGACGCGACGCAGAUCUGGAAAUUUGACACCGUCGCCAAGCGCAUCGUCCACCCGCAGUCGGGCUUUUGCUUGACGUCGAACGCCGCCAAGCUCGGCGCCGGCCCCAGCGUCGCCCCGUGCUCGUCCGGUGCCGUGAGCCAGUACUUUGACCAGUGCGACAACGUCAAGGAGAAGAGCUACGUCAAGCUCAUCACCAAGAACAACAAGGUCAUCUCCGAGUUCUACUCGGGCGUCUACGCCGACUGGGUCUCGGACUCGGUCAACGAGCUCUUCACCUACGACGCUGCGGCCAAGACGCUCCAGGUCACCAGCAACGGCGAGUGCCUCGACGCGUUCCGGGACGGCGACAAGUUUGGCCUCCAUACGUACGCCUGCGACGCCACCAACGUUAACCAGAAGUGGAUCAUCGACGCGGCUGGUCACAAGAUCAAGCACGCGACGCACAGCAACUUGUGCUUGGACGUGGACCCGACCAACUCGACGCACGCGGCGCAGGUCUGGGAGUGUCAUAACGCCAACUCCAACCAGUGGAUCGACGCGGUGGCCUAUUAG